AAACUCCUUACUGGGACCAUGUCCACUGUGGUAGCUCAGUCGCUGCAUGUUUUUGGUCUUCGAUCCCACGUGUCCAACAAUGUGUUCUUCUUCGAUGAACAGAUCAUUAUAUUUCCUUCAGGAAAUCACUGUGUGAAGUACAAUGUGGAUCAGAAGUGGCAAAAAUUCAUUCCAGGCUCAGACAAGAGUCAGGGCAUGUUGGCCUUGUCCAUCAGUCCCAAUCGGCGAUACCUCGCUAUCUCCGAGACUGUGCAAGAAAAACCCGUCAUCACCAUUUAUGAACUGUCAACCGUUCCUUGCCGAAAGCGCAAAGUCCUUAAUAAUUUUGACUUCCCAGUUCAGAAGUUUAUUUGCAUGGCUUUUUCUCCAGACUCCAAAUACCUCUUGACCCAGACCUCACCUCCAGAGUCAAACCUUGUCUAUUGGCUGUGGGAAAAACAGAAAGUAAUGGCCAUCGUUAGAACUGAUACUCAGAACAAUGCUGUCUACCAGGUGAGCUUCAAUCCCCAGGAUAGCACUCAGAUUUGUGUCACUGGAAAUGGGAUGUUUAAGCUGCUCCGUUUUGCUGAGGGAACCUUGAAGCAAACUAAUUUUCAGAGGGGAGAACCCCAAAACUAUCUCGCCCACACUUGGGUGUCUGACGACAAGAUUGUUGCUGGCACUGAUACAGGCAGGCUCUUCCUCUUUGAGUCUGGAGAUCAACGCUGGGAGACAAGUAUCAUGGUCAGGGAGCCCACCAGCGAGACGAAGAACCUGGGGGUGAUCCAGGAAUCCGAGAGCCUGAUCGAAUUUCCAACAAUCACCUCCCCAGUCCCUUCCUACAAGCAGGUCGUGAUGGCCAGCAGCCACCACCAGCUGUCCCCGCCCCAGGUGUCUGCCAUCGCAGCCUAUUCCAAGGGAUUUGCCUGCUCUGCUGGGCCAGGGAGAGUUCUACUGUUUGAGAAGAUAGAAGAGAAGGAGUUUUACCGUGAGAGCAGGGAAAUCCGGAUUCCUGUGGACCCACAGAGCAAUGACCCGAGUCAGUCAGACAAACAGGACGUGCUCUGCCUGUGCUUCAGCCCCUCUGAGGAAACGCUGAUCGCCAGCACCAGCAAGAACCAGCUCUACAGCAUCACCAUGUCCCUGAUGGAGAUCAGCAAGGGGGAGCCUGCCCACUUUGAGUAUCUGAUGUACCCGUUGCACUCAGCAUCCAUCACUGGUCUAGCUACCUGCAUCCGCAAACCCCUCAUUGCCACCUGCUCUGUGGAUCGGUCUGUUCGCAUCUGGAAUUACGAAUCAAACACCCAGGAGCUAUUUAAGGAAUACCAAGAAGAAGCUUAUGCAAUCAGCCUUCACCCGUCUGGACACUACGUUGUAGUAGGGUUUGCUGACAAACUACGCCUUAUGAAUCUACUCAUUGAUGAUAUACGUUCUUUCAAAGAAUACUCUGUCAGAGGGUGCAAAGAGUGUUGCUUUAGCAAUGGAGGUCACCUGUUUGCUGCAGUCAAUGGGAAUGUGAUUCACAUUUUUUCCGCCACCAGCCUGGAGAACAUCUCGAAUCUGAAAGGACACACAGGGAAGAUUCGUUCAAUUGCAUGGAAUACAGAUGAUAGCAAACUGAUUUCUUGUGGCACAGAUGGUGCUGUAUAUGAAUGGAAUCUGUCCACAGGAAAGAGAGAGACAGAAUGUGUGCUCAAGUCCUGCAGUUACAACUGUGUUGCCAUCUCCCCUGAUGGCAAAAUCAUCUUUGCUGUUGGAUCAGACCAGACUCUCAAGGAGAUAGCAGAUUCUUCAGUCCUUCGAGAGAUGUCAGCAUUUGGUGUAACCUACACAGCCAUCGUCACCUCCCAUUCCGGGCACAUGUUGUUUGUGGGCACCUCGGUGGGAACCAUUCGUGCAAUGAAGUACCCGCUGCCUCUGCAGAAACAAUUCAACGAGUACCAGGCCCAUUGCGGUCCUAUCACCAAGAUGUCGCUCACCUUUGAUGACCAGUUCCUGCUGAGCGUCGCCGAGGAUGGCUGCCUGUUCACCUGGAAGGUCUUUGAUAAGGAUGGUCCGGGAAUCAGGCGACAGAGGGAGGUGGGCUUUGCUGAAGAGGUGCUGGUUACCAAGACGGACAUGGAAGAGAAGGUUCAGGUUAUGUUGGAGCUGAAGACUCGUGUGGAAGAGUUAAGAAUGGAGAAUGAGUAUCAACUUCGACUAAAGGAUAUGAACUAUUCUGAGAAGGUUAAGGAACUAACAGACAAGUUCCUCCAGGAAAUGGAGUCCUUGGAAAUGAAAAACCAGGUUUUAAGAGCAGAAAAAGAAAAGCAGGAUGCACUCCAUCGUGAACGCAUGGAAGACCUCCUGGAAAAACAGAGCCGGGAACUGCAGGACUUGGAAUGUUGCAACAACCAAAAGUUGCUUCUAGAAUAUGAGAAGUACCAGGAGUUGCAGCUCAAGUCCCAGAGGAUGCAGGAAGAGUAUGAGAAACAGCUUCGGGAUAACGAUGAGACCAAGAGCCAGGCCCUGGAGGAGCUGACUGAGUUUUACGAGGCCAAACUGCAGGAGAAAAUCACCCUCCUGGAAGAGGCACAGGAAGAUGUCAGGCAGCAGCUGCGCGAGUUUGAAGAGACCAAGAAGCAGAUUGAAGAAGAUGAAGACCGUGAGAUCCAAGAUAUCAAAACCAAGUAUGAGAAGAAGCUUCGGGAUGAAAAGGAAUCAAACCUGCGGCUCAAAGGAGAAACGGGCAUCAUGAGGAAGAAGUUCAGCAACCUGCAGAAAGAGAUUGAAGAGCGAACCAACGACACUGAGAUUCUGAAGGGAGAGCAGGUGAAGCUGCAAGGAGUCAUCAAGUCCCUGGAGAAGGACAUCCUGGGUCUCAAGCAGGAGAUCCAGGAAAGAGACGAGACGAUUCAGGAUAAGGAGAAGCGAAUCUAUGACCUGAAACAGAAAAAUCAAGAACUAGAGAAAUUCAAGUUUGUGCUUGACUACAAAAUAAAGGAGCUGAAGAAGCAAAUAGAACCUCGAGAGCACGAGAUCAAGGUGAUGAAGGAGCAGAUUCAAAAGGUGAGAAGCCAUCUGGACCCCCUGGCCUCCUUCCCAACCAUUCCUGCGGCCGUUUCCUUGGUCUGGGGCACCAGCCUCUCACCUGGGCCACAGCGGCAGCCUCCUGACCAGGCUACCUGGCUCCAGUCUUACUCUCUCCGGGUCGGCCCUGAUGAUUUGUGGCCCCAGAGGGUCAAGAUUCACUCACACAACUUCACAAAGAGGACGAGGAAGCUGCUUCUCUGCAGAACCUUGCCUCAGAUGGAAACUGAACUGGAGCGUUUCCAUAAGCAGAACACACAGCUGGAGCUGAACAUCACAGAAUUGUGGCAGAAAUUAAGAGCUACUGAUCAGGAGAUGCACAGAGAGAGACAAAAGGAGCGGAACUUGGAGGCGCUGGUCAAACAGUUUAAGACGGACCUUCACAACUGUGUGGCGUACAUCCAAGAACCCCGGCAGCUGAAGGAGAAGUUCCGCGCUCUCUUUGAGAAGUACGUGCAGCGGGCAGACAUGGUGGAGAUCACAGGGCUGAACUCGGACCUGCAGCAGGAGUACAGCCGUCAGCGGGAGCACCUGGAGAGGAGCCUGGCCACCCUCAAGAAGAAGGUGGUCAAGGAGAGUGAGCUGCACCGCGCGGAUUACGUCCGCAUCAUGCAGGAAAAUGUCUCCCUGAUCAAGGAGAUUAAUGAGCUCCGCAGAGAGCUGAAGUUCACCCGCUCCCAAGUCUAUGACCUUGAAGCAGCCCUGAAACUGACCAAGAAAAUUCAACCACAAGACGUUCCAGAGACAGUGUCCGGCAAAGACUUACCAGGCUUGCCUCCCACCAUGAGACUGAAUGAGCAAGAAGAAACCGGGAGAAUCAUUGAGAUGCAGCGCCUGGAGAUCCAGCGCCUCAGAGACCAGAUCCAAGAGCAAGAGCAGGUCCCAGGCUUCCACCCCUUCACUGGGAUGCGGCUGCCUUCCCUCCUGGGGGCAGAAGCAGACUUAAAGCUGCAGACCAAGUGACCCACUCUGGUGAGCCGUCUCCAACCACGCCGGAAGAAGCACGGUGCU